AAACAUGGAGUGGCUUCACCCACUUCCUCGUCUCUCCGCGACAAGCCCCGCCUGCCCGUCCCCAUCCACCCACGCCGAAUGAUUUACGAGUAGUCUUGGACGAUCAAAUACAACUCCGCUGGCAAAGUGAAAGUUAAAAUGCAGCAGUAGAGUCGUUUUCCUUAUUGCGCGUCUAAGAGAGCGCAGUUCAAGAAAAUGGGCACCACGACAGCCGUUACAAGCUCACACUCCGAAAGGAGUCCAUUUCAGACCACUCUGCACUCCUUCUCUCAGAAUACUGGCUUCAUAUGGAGAACACUGACAGAAAAGUUAAAAUCUGCUUGUCGUUUCCUGCUUGGGUUAUGGUUCAUCAAGGGGCCAUACAUUUACAUUGCCCGAUUAAUAAGAGACUGCAGUGGAAUAAGCAGAAGAUCGCUUAGCGUGUCCCCAAAAAUGGAUCUUAUGACAUAUUGUGAUUUUGAAUGGAAAGGAGGUACACCCCACGCAGAGAAAAUAAAGAAGGCUUAUCAAGAAAUGUAUGAUAAAUACCACAUAAAGUAUGUUCACCAAAUCCGAGGAGACAAUUACUGUGCACUAAGGGCCACAAUGUUUCAAGUACUUUCUCGUGGCAUCCCAUUUCCAUUCUGGAUGAGGGAGCAAGAUAUCACAAAGCUCCCUGAAAUGUUGUUCUACAAACAAGGUUGCAACUGGAUUCAACAGUAUAGUUUUGGACCAGAAAAAUACGCUGGUCCAAAAGUUUUUUAUAAAUUGCGACAAUGCAUGGAUAUGCUAAAGAUGCAGUGGGGUGAAAUUUAUAGACUUAAAGAAAAGAAGGACAGGGAAAAGGCAUGCAAGAUGCUAUUUUCAGAUGAAAGUAUGGAGUAUAAGAUUUAUGAGGCAGUGAAGUUCCUCAUGCUGUACCUUGCAAUUGAGAUGUUUGAAGGAAUAAACCAUGGCCAAGAUGUCCCCAACUUUUGUAGGAUGCUGUUUGCGCGUGACACUUCUUUAGAUCCUGUCAGCUUCAUGCUGAAUCAUCUGAAUUGCAUUGGAGACACAGGCGGACUGGAGCAGAUUGAGAUGUUUCUUCUUGGAUACACACUAAAACUGAAAAUAAGAGCACUGCGACUGUCCAAGUAUGGUACAGAAGAAUUUGAAAGUAGCUUUGUAGAUGUUGACCAGAGAGACUGGCAUUCAAUCACUUUGUUGACAGAAGAUGACAGGCAUUAUAACAUUCCUAUUAUGGAUAAAUAGACUAAAGACAUGUUUCCCUAAACUUUGUCUACAUUUUGCCAUACUAAUUAAUUAACCAGUUUUCUGGUCAAUUAGCCAAAAAUUUGUUCACCAAAGAGAUCUUAGUGCAUUUUCCUGCUUUAAUCUGCUCAUUUCAUCAUUAGUCCUGAGAAAAAAAAAUAUUACUAUAAAUAAAUGCAAUCUGUAUGGAGUUUGCAUGUUUGCCUUGUAUUGGCAGGGGUUUUGAUGUGGGUAAACCAUUUGUUUUAUCUCAAAACCAAAGACAUGCAUCUUAAAUCGAUUUGCGAUUGAUGUGGUAUGAGGGUGAGUGGCAAUGUGUUUGUGUCAGCCCUUUGAUGGAUUACCUUCAUCCGGGCUUGGUUCCUGUCUUGCACCCAAAGCUGUCAGGACAGGAUGGCCAAAUUAGAUUGAAUGGGUUUAAUAAUGAUGUCAUGUUAAAUUGGAAUACACAGAAAAUGAAUGCUAAAUGUUUGCUUAAAAUAUGUGACACUCCUUAUUCGAUUCUUUGUUCAGGGUUUGUGUACUUUUUACACAGUAAAUUGUAUUUCUCCAGAAAUAAAUUAUCAGCAUUUAUAAUCCAAUUAUCAAAUUUUUAAUUCACUAAUUGAUUUAUUUCUUCUACUUUUGACAAGUGUCACAUUAAUCAUUAAUUUCAAGUGUUGUAAUUACUAAUCACUGCAAUAUAAAACUGUCUAAAGGAAACUUUUCUUCAUACACUGUGCAUAUGUCAUGUGAAACAACUCAAUCUUUAGUUUGAGAUCGAGGAAAUCAAUUGCUGGCUUUACACAUCAAAUUUUUCACAAGUUUGCAUACUUCUGAAAGAAACUGAUUUCUAAAACAACACAUGGUUAACAUGUCCAGAUAUCGAUAGGUCAAGAGGAUAUUUAUUUCUUAGUUUGCCAAAUGCCUCAUCUAUAACUACGCUAUGAUAAAUUCAAGUAUAUUUCUUAUAUUUUUGCAAUGACUGAAAUCCUGAACUUCAACUCAAGCUGUUACUGUCCUUUAACAAUUACAUAAAGAAGCAAUCCAGUUUUUUCAAAAGCCUGCAGUGGUGCAAUAUGCAGCAUAAAACCAAAUUAAUGAAUGGAAUGAUUCUCAGGGAGGCUUAUUCUACACUUUCAAUUUAGCAACCACAGAUGUGUAUGCCACACGCUGCCUUUUGUGCCUCACUUAGAUGUGUUAUAAAUUUCAAGGGUCAAACAGUAUCAGUAGGUUUUUCUUUUGUUGUUUGCAUCCACAUUCUGACAUAUCAGUGUUUGACAUUUAUAAUUCUAUUUUCUGAAAGAAAGUGUCUGGAUAGGAAAUGCAGGUGCAUAUAAUAUGUGUGUAUAAGAAAUGUACAUUUGUAUACACUGUGAAUUGUAGAAGGUUGGAACAUUUCCUGGCUGAAAGGGGGUAGUACAUCCUAUAACACGAUAGGUAACCAGGUAAUCCUUUUGCCAUUAUAAAAGUAAGACAUAACAUGAGGCAUGUGAGGAACCUGCAGCCAAUUAGUUGUCAACACAACACCCAGGAAUUCCAGAAAUUGGGACCAAUUUGCUUCUUUAAAUCAGGGAGCAUAGAGGCUGCCAGAAGAACUUCCAGUGUGAAAACUGGUGUGAAGUCAGCACAGGAGAGGCCAAAAGGUCAUGUUAAGGCAGUGCACUGCCUUUGUCUAAAAGUUUGAGGAAGGUUGGGGCAGUGACUAACUGGUGUGAGGAAGAAAGAGACUAGGGUUAAAAAAGAGAGAGAAAGAAGAUGAAACUUGGGAGUGCUUGAUGGUAUUUUGAGGUGGGCAAGCUGGUGAGCCAGGUCACAAGGUAGCUAAGGGAUUUGCAUCCCCUUUAAUAUGUUCAGAAAGGUGGCAUAGUUUUGUUAUGAUAUCUUCCUAUGUGUACUUGUUCUCCAUUGUUUAUCAUUCCUGUGUGUUUACAUUUCAAUAAAGGCACAAUUUUUUAUA